CCUAGCCCUGCUUCUUUGCCAUGGCGAGCAGCGCUAGCCAGGCGAGCCUCCUGCUCCAGAAGCAGCUCAAGGAUCUUGCGAAGAACCCCGUGGAUGGGUUCUCCGCCGGGCUUGUAGACGACAGCAACAUCUUCGAGUGGCAGGUCACCAUCAUCGGACCGCCUGACACCCUAUAUGAUGGAGGCUACUUCAAUGCAAUAAUGACCUUCCCCCAGAACUAUCCCAACAGCCCGCCAUCAGUAAGAUUUACUUCUGAGAUGUGGCAUCCGAAUGUUUAUCCUGAUGGACGUGUUUGCAUUUCUAUUCUUCAUCCACCUGGUGAAGAUCCCAAUGGUUAUGAGCUUGCAAGCGAACGAUGGACACCAGUGCACACGGUUGAAAGUAUAGUUCUGAGCAUCAUUUCGAUGCUCUCUAGUCCAAAUGACGAGUCUCCAGCGAAUAUCGAAGCUGCCAAGGAUUGGAGAGAAAAGCGGGAUGAGUUCAAGAAAAAGGUAAGGCAAUGUGUCCGCAAAUCUCAGGAAAUGCUCUGAAGGAGAAACAUAUGGGGAGUUGAACGAGUGCUGCAACUUCACAACCAGUUACCUAGCCAGCAUUCUUUUGCUUUUCCCCUGUAUAUUUUCCAUUCAGUGUCAUUCGUAUGGUGGUGUUGGGUCUCUUUAGACAAACUGGGGACUGUUGCUUAUCCUAAAAAUUCGAUUGUAUUGUGUGGCAUGAAAUGAUCGAUGUCAAAGAAUAUUUUGAACAUGCUGCCACCUAAUUAUACUUUUCAUAUGAAC